UUAGUUAUAUUAACCCUUUAGGGUUUUUAUUAAAAUCUUGUGCGUUAUCAUAAGAGAAAGCUAUUUUUAUCAAAUUUUUAAAGUUGGCAGUGCCUCUUUGAACGUAGCAAUAUGCAUACAGCCAAACUAAUUCAUUGUACUUAUCGAAGAAUUCAACAAGCAGGAAAAAUACAGUAAACGUUUAAUUAUUUACUUUGCAAGUUAAUUAAACCUUAAUCGGAAAAUAGACAAGUGUUUAUUGUAGUAUAAUGAAAUUUUAGACACCAAUGCUUGUUCAUUGUGUUUUAUAGAAAGUUCAAUUCGUUGUUUCUUAAUAACAUUUUUUUUUAAUAUCUGAUUAUAUCCGCCGUACGCACAAUUAUACAGCAGAAAUGGCCACCCAAGACGAAUUUAGCAAAACCGCUGAAGACAUUAAACAUUUGAACUCCACACCGGCUGAUAAUGAUUUACUGGAAUUAUACGGUUUGUAUAAACAGGCCACGGUUGGAGAUUGCAAUACGGAUAAACCGGGCUUCUUAGACUUUAAAGGCAAAGCCAAAUGGGAAGCCUGGAACAAGCUAAAGGGUAAAUCAACUGCCGAAGCUAUGGUCGAUUAUAUAGGAAAAGCUAAAUCUCUGAUUGAAGUACACGGUCUAAAGGCGUAAAUGUUUAUAAAAUUACCCGCAACUAGCAAGGAAAACAAACCAAUUUAUAACAUUUUACAAAUCGAAAUGCAUAAAUUUUUAUAAAUAUUUCAAAGCUUAGCACAAUUUUCACUUUAAAAUAUUUAUAUUAAAAUAAACGGAUGUAUUUUGCACUUCUAUCAUACAAG